CAGUACGCAGGCGCAGUACAGCGUUGCUCAGCUGACUGUGAGUGAGAGGUUUCCGAAAUGAGUAACUGAUUGAAAAUUAUGAUUAGCAAACUGUAGUCACUUGGAGCCUGUGUUACCAGUAGCUGGUUGCAUUCAAUUCUCUGUACUGCACCCUUUCAACUGUCAAAGGUAGUUAUCCUUUAUAAUGACAGAAUUCUGGCUGAUUUCUGCACCUGGAGAGAAGACAUGCCAGCAGACAUGGGACAAGUUAAUGGCAGCAACUACUCGGAAUAACAACCUUUCCACUAAUACCAAAUUUAAUAUACCAGAUCUAAAGGUUGGCACUUUAGAUGUGCUGGUGGGGCUUUCAGAUGAACUAGCUAAGCUUGACUCAUUUGUUGAAAGUGUGGUGAAGAAGGUGGCUCAGUAUAUGGCAGAUGUGCUGGAGGACAGCAGAGAUAAAGUACAAGAAAACCUCUUGGCUAAUGGAGUUGAUUUGGUCACCUAUAUAACCCGAUUCCAGUGGGACAUGGCAAAAUAUCCAAUUAAGCAGUCCUUGAAAAAUAUUUCAGAGAUUAUCGCAAAGCAAGUCACACAAAUCGAUAAUGAUCUGAAGGCAAGGGCAUCGGCCUACAACAACCUGAAAGGAAAUCUACAGAACUUGGAAAGGAAGAAUGCGGGGAGUUUGCUAACAAGAAGCUUGGCAGAUAUUGUGAAGAGAGAAGACUUUGUGCUAGACUCUGAAUAUCUCAUAACCUUGUUGGUGGUUGUUCCAAAAGCAAGUUACAAUGACUGGCAAAAAACCUAUGAAACAUUGGCAGAAAUGGUGGUACCACGCUCCAGCAAUUUGCUGUUUGAAGAUAAUGAAAGUGGGCUUUUCAGUGUUACCCUGUUCAGAAAGGCAAUUGAUGACUUCCGACACAAGGCCAGAGAAAACAAAUUUACUGUCCGUGACUUUCAGUACAAUGAGGAAGAAAUGAAAGCUGAUAAAGAGGAAAUGACACGACUUUCAACUGACAAGAAGAAACAAUAUGGCCCUUUGGUAAGAUGGCUUAAAGUCAACUUCAGUGAAGCAUUUAUUGCUUGGAUUCAUAUCAAAGCUUUGCGAGUUUUUGUUGAGUCUGUUCUAAGGUAUGGGCUACCUGUAAAUUUCCAAGCAAUGUUACUGCAGCCCAGUAAGAAAACUAUGAAGAAGCUGAGAGAGGUUUUAUACGAGUUAUACAAACAUCUGGACAGCAGUGCAGCUGCCAUUAUUGAUGCAGCCAUGGACAUACCUGGUCUGAAUUUAAGCCAGCAAGAAUAUUAUCCAUAUGUUUACUAUAAGAUAGACUGCAAUCUUCUGGAUUUUAAAUAGGCACCACUUGUGUAAUUCCAUUUAUGUCAAUGCCCUGUUCUAGUGUAUGAAGCAAGUAAGGUCAUUGUCUCUAAGUUAAAGUAUAAAUACAGUAUAUGUAUCUGUGUAUCAGUCCAUGCUUAAAUACUCCUUGUACCUUUUUAAAAUGAUAAAAUCUCUUUGUUCACAUAUUGAUGAAACAAAUGAGAACAGAUGUUAUCAAGGAUGGUUUACUUUUUUCAAUGGAGAUGUCUUUUUUUUCCUCUGUGUAUUUCUAAAUAAACUAUAUUCAGUUUAUUAAGAAAUUUUCAAAGAAAAAAAAAAUCUCUAUAUUUAGAGCUGUAAACACAAGAUCCAUCCCUAUUCUGUAUAGUGCUGUGUAAUAGCUAUAUCUUGUAUUUUUGUCCACACAGCCAUUAUUGGCACAAUGUGAAAUUUUAUUAUUUAAUUUAUUUGUAUUUGCUACGACCUGGAAGCAUUAAUUUGUAACCAUAAAUGGUUUUAUUAGGUAGAGAAAUACGUGUUUGGUGUCAUAAAGAUUAUGUGUAUUUGGCAUUUGAAAGAUUAUUUCUCAAGGUAUCAAAAUAAAUAUUAAAUUGA